CGCCUUUACCCCGGCAUUAAGUAACCUAGCUGAAGCAAUUCGACCACUAUAAAUUCAUCAAAGGUGCAGUGGGCGGAAGUGUUCUAAUAUUAAUUACAUGCAAAACCAGAUUAAUUAUUUUAGUCCGUGAAAUAAAAAAAAAAUCAAGAUACUAGUUAGCUAGCUAUCACAAUUAACGAGCAAUAAUUAAAGUUCGGGAUGGGGAUUUUGUCGUCGGAGAAGGUUGCUACGGCCGAGGACUGGCAAAGGGCAAUGAACAAGGUAGUUCAGGCGGUGGUCGCGAUCAGCGUCACCGCCUGCCGAGCUUUCGACACCGAGUCCGCCGGUUCUUCGACCGCAACUGGCUUUGUUGUCGAUAAGCGCCGCGGAAUUAUUCUUACUAACAGGCAUGUUGUUAGUCCUGGACCCGUGGUGGCCGAAGCUAUGUUUAUGAACAAUGAAGAAAUUCCUAUCUAUCCAAUAUACAGAGACCCGGUUCAUGAUUUUGGUUUUUUUCGCUAUGAUCCUGAUGCAAUAAAAUUUCAUGAUUAUGAGGAAAUCCCUCUUGCUCCCGAGGCUGUUCAUGUAGGCCUUGAAAUAAGGGUAGUUGGGAAUGAUAGUGGAGAGAAGGUAUCUAUUUUGGCCGGCACCCUUGCUCGUUUAGAUAGAGAUGCUCCUAGUUACAUGUAGUAUGCUUGAAGGAGAAUAUAGAGUUCUUGGCUCUUCUCACACUCUGAAAAGCUGAGGAUAAGGUAAAUCUGCCAUCAUUUUCAGGGUUGAACCUAGAUACUUCAUUGGCAAAUUAAUCUUGGUCAUACCCAUGCAGGAUAUUGUCCACCUCUUGAACCUCUUCCUCAGAAAAGAUAUUUUGAAAGUAUUCCUCAGCAGCUUUGCCAAUAGCUUCAGAGUCAGUACACCAGUUCCCAGCAUUGUCUUUUAUGGCAGAUAAGAAUUGCAUCCUUCUCUUGAUAUUCACAUAGUCAUGAUAGAACUUAGUGUUAGAAUCUCCUUCUUUUAACCAUUUAAGGUGUGCCCUUUGCCUCCAGAAUUCAUUCUCUUGCUUAUGCUUAGAAAGAAGAAGGGCCUGCUUGAAAGACCAAUCCUCUCUAUGUGCAUCAGUAGGAUUAGCCUCAAAUAAAACCUCUGCAUCAGUGACUUCAGCUUCUAACUUCUUAAUAUCCUGAAAAAUAUCCCCAAAAGUGUUUUUAUUCCAUAUCUUCAAGGCCCUUUUGAGACUUUGUAGCUUAUUAUAGAGACCCCUCAUACCCCCUCCUGUAGCACAAGCUUCCCACUCUUUCCUCACGACAUCUAAGAAAGUGGGAUGUGAAAUCCACAUAUUUUGAAAUUUAAAGGGUUUUGGGCCAAUCAUUAAUUGAUUUUUACAUUGCAACAGGAUUGGAGAGUGAUCUGAGGAUGUCUUAUUGAGGUGGUUAAUCUGGAUGGAAUCAUAAAGCCCCAAGAAUGCAGAAUUAAACAAGACUCUAUCCAAUCUACGCCACACUCUUCCAUUGGCUCUAACCCCUGACCAGGUAAAUGGAGAUCCAAUAAAAGGUUUGCUACUAACUCUGAAUCAGUCUGCAUAGAAGGAUUCAUUUGCAGAAGAGCAUUCACUUUUGAGUUUGAUAUAUUUCAGAGGGAGGAAUUCCUUCAAUGAGGGACCCGUGUUUGUGAAAUGAUGGCAACUCAAAGUCCGCGUGCUGUGAAGCCCCAGGAGGAUCCAAGAUUUCAGUGAACUAGGAAGCGAACUUCAAAUGGCCUAUUUUAUACGGAGUAUAUAUCUAUGAUCUAUGGUGUAAACUUUCCACACAUGUUGCAUUUUUAUGAUGAUUUGUGUUUGGGGCGCAGUAAUGGCUACAAUGACUUCAAUACAUUCUACAUACAAGCUGCAUCUGGGACUAAAGGUGGUUCAAGUGGAUCUCCAGUAGUUGACUGGCAGGGCAGAGCAGUUGCUUUAAAUGCAGGGGGCAAUACAUCAGGCGCCUCUGCCUUUUUCCUUCCGUUAGACCGAGUUGUCAGGGCUUUAGUUUUCUUACAACAAGGAAGAGAUUCUACACACAAAUGGGAGGCAGUAUCUAUUCCUCGUGGCACGCUUCAGGUUACAUUUGUCCACAAAGGAUUUGAUGAGACCCGUCGUCUUGGGGUUCAAAGUGAAACAGAACAGUUGGUACGAAGCUCAUCUCGUCCAGGGGAAACUGGAAUGCUUGUUGUUGAUUCCGUGGUGCCUUGUGGCCCAGCUUAUAAUCAUCACUUAAAGCCCGGUGAUGUGCUUGUUUGUAUGCAUGGGAAGGUGAUUACACAUUUCCUCGAGAUGGAAACUCUACUUGAUGACAGUGUUGGACAGAAUGUCGAACUUAAAAUUGAAAGAGCUGGUGCCUCAUUGAUUGUUGAAUUAGUGGUCCAGAAUUUGCACUCAAUAACUCCCGACUGCUUCUUGGAAGUUAGUGGUGCAGUGAUACACUCCCUUUCAUAUCAACAGGCUAGAAAUUUCAAUCUUCAAUGUGGCCUUGUCUAUGUUGCAGAGUCAGGAUAUAUGCUGUCUAGAGCUGGGGUUCCUAAACACUCAAUCAUUAAGACAUUCGCAGGCAAAGUUCUUUCAAAUCUUGAGGAGUUGAUACUUGUCCUAUCUAACUUGACUAGGGGCUCAAGAGUACCACUUGAGUACAUAAUCAGCACAGACCGUCACCGAAUACAAUCUGUGUUAGUCACAGUCGACCGCCAGGAGUGGCAUGCCCCUCCUCUUAUUUACACUCGUGAUGACGGUUCUGGAUUAUGGUUCACUAAGCCGGCUGUACUGCCUGACUGUGUUUUCCUUUCUGACAUAGUUCCUGCCAAGCAUGAUUUGCUGAGUUAUAGUUUGCCUCAACAUGUUAGCAAAGUGUCAAACAAUGGUGUUAUAGAUAUGGAAUCUAGUUAUGAAAUCACAGUAAAGGGACCUCAAUCUCAGGACGAUAUUGAUUCUGGUAUAAAGAAAAGAAUGGUAGAAGAAAAUUCAUCCGCUGAUGGAACAGAGGCAGUUAAUUUCUCAGCUGCUGAGCAUGUGAUUGAGCCUACUCUUGUUAUGUGUGAGGUUCAUGUUCCAGGAUCAUGUAUGCUGGAGACUGUCCACAAACUACAAUCUUUUGGUACUGGAGUGAUUGUAUACCACUCACAAAGCAUGGGUCUGGUUGCUGUAGAUAAGAACACUGUUGUAGUAUCACUUUGCGAUGUCAUUCUGUCAUUUGCUGCUUUUCCUAUUGAAAUACCUGGGGAGGUAGUCUUCUUUGAUCCUGUCUACAAUUUUGCUCUUGUUGCAUAUGACCCUUCUGCACUUGGACCUGGUGGUUACUCUGCAGUUCAUGCCGUUGAGCUUCUCCCUGAGCCCCUGCUUCGUCGUGGUGAUUCAGUGUCACUUGUGGGAUUAAGCACAAGCAUGCAGGCAAUCUCUAGGAAAUCAAUUGUUACAAAUCCUUAUGCCGCUCUGAAUAUUGAAUCAACCGAUUGUCCACAAUAUAGAGCGAUAAACAUGGAAGUUAUUGAGCUUGACACUGAUUUUGGUAAUACAUUUAAUGGCGUGCUAACUGAUGAGCGUGGAAGAGUUCAAGCCUUAUGGGGAAGCUUUUCAUACCAGCGGAAGCAUUCUUCUGGUACGGUUACAAAUUAUCAAGAUGUUCAUGGAAUUCCAAUAUAUGCCAUAAGUCGAGUUCUUGAAAAAAUUAUUUCUGGUGCCAAUGGACCUUUUCGCCUUAUAAAUGGUGUCAGAAGGCCUUUGCCACUAAUGAGAAUAUUAGAAGUUGAACUUUAUCCUACAUUACUUUCCAAGGCCCGCGUUUUUGGAUUAAGCGACACUUGGAUCCAGGCCCUUGUGAAAAAAGACUCUACUAGACGACGGGCUUUAAAGGUCAAAAGUUGUUUUGCUGGCUCAAGUGCUGAAAAAUUACUAGAACAAGGUGACAUAUUAUUGGCCAUCAACAAGGAGCCAGUUACUUGCUUUCGUGACAUUGAAGAUGCUUGCCAAGCAUUAUAUAGUGGUGAUGGCAAACUGUGCAUUACCAUAUUUCGUCAGGGGGCUGAAAUGGAACUACUUGUUGGAACAGAUAUGAGGGAUGGUAAUGGAACCACACAUGCAAUAAAUUGGUGUGGGUGUACUGUCCAAUAUCCUCACUCUUCUGUCCGCGCACUUGGAUUUCUUCCCAACGAAGGCCACGGUGUAUAUGUGACAACUUGGAGAAGGGGUAGCCCUGCACAUCGGUAUGGUUUGUAUUCUCUUCGGUGGAUUGUUGAAAUAAAUGGAAAAUCAACUCCUAAUUUGGAUGCUUUUAUUGGGAUUAUUAAGGGAUUAGAGCAUGAGGAGUUUGUUCGUGUGAGAACGGUAAAAUUGAAUGGCAAGGACCAAGUGCUUACAUUGAAGCAAGAUUUACACUACUGGCCAACAUUGGACAUCAGGUUUGAUCCUGAAACAGGCAUGUGGCGACGCAAGAUCAUUAAGGGGUUGGACUUUGGUUCUAUGUGAAAGAGCCCCUCCCCUCACCCCAACAGAAAGAAUCUUGUUUGUUGUACUGGUUUGAGGAUCACUAACACCUGCCCUUUUUCACUGAUUUCAGUUGCACAUUGCGUGGUAGAACAUUGUCCAAUUAAUCAUUUAAUGUGUACUAAAUACUAGUAUAUGCAGUUAAUAUAAAAUCGAAGUAUUGUAAACUGUCUUA